GUGUGGGUUCAUGCUAGAGGUAACCUUCACAAUUAACAACAGGUGUUAUGCAGGGCCAUCUAUACACUUCAGCAGUGAUUAUUCUAAAAUGCCCAAGUUGGACGUAUCCAUCGUGUAUAAGAUAUGUGGAUAUUUUAGAGUCAUAAUGAUCAACUGCAUGCACAUGGAAACUGCGUUGUCUUCCAAGUUCCAUAUCCCUUUAAACUAACCUAACCUCUCGUUUUAAAAAAAGGUAACUAGGCUGGCAUAGCUAAAUGAAUUACCAACGCAGUCUCCAUACCAAGAUGUAAUACAUAUUCCUUAGGUGACGCAUUAAUUGUCACAAAGCGGGGAAUCUCCGAGCUCUGUAGACACGCUCGAACAUGACUUGUGUCGUGUAGAAAGUACUUCCUUCUGCUACUGCAUUGUGGGUAUGAGAUGAUUAUUCCACAUGUAGGCCUAUUUAGAGAGGGCAACAUAGUUGAAAGGGCCAGGAUUUUAUGUUUCGAAGAAGAUCAAAACUGAUCAUAACUGAAUGUAUCAAACACAUGUGAGACCGCAACAAUAAGACAUUAGUCUCACGGCAAAGUACCGGAAAUCAGUAUAUUGGUAGUUCAAAGAGCAGCAGCCAUAAUUACGUCAACAAGCAGUGGGGAAUCCCCACUCGGAUAUGCACCAGUGGUACGCAAUACAUUUGUCGACGGAGGUUAUUCGCCUGUACACAGAGCUUGUUUAUCGGUCUAUUCUGCUCUUCUCAAGUGGAACGAAAACGUUACCGGAACUUGAAUUCUUGACUUUUAAUGAGUACCAUCAGCUAAAAAGGAAGAGAUGGAAGAAAUUAUCGUAAAAAGGUUGUUGAUUGGGGCGAUCGUGCUUUCCUUGCUGGGCGCUAUUGUAACGCAGAAUGAAACUGUUUUCAGAGGAACAAUCCUACUUGUCGUGCUACUGUCUCCCUUCGGAGUCGCGUGGUACAUAAAUCACACAGCUGAAAUCCGACGGCUCCGUGAGAAGAUUCGAGACUACAGACCUGGUCAAUGGACUGCCAAAGAUGCAGGUGAAGGAUUCCAAAGACCUUCAAAGGUUCGACUAGGUGUCUUUGGUGUCCAGGAUUCCGGCAAGAGUAGCUUUCUCAACUCUCUUCACUUUGCAUUCAAAGGUGGCUGGGAACAAGUCUACGUUGAGAAAGGUGAGGCGUCGGAUGGAGGCGAGACUAUAUUCCGAGACCCUGCAAGACUAACUGAAUACGUAACUACAUUCGAUACACGUGGACUAGUUGAUUUGUCCAUGUAUAGAGUUCCAGGGGUGAUAGCUGAGAUCACUGGUAAACGAGGAAUCAACACUCGUUCUUGGACUAAAGGCGAGAAGGUUGACUGUCCCAUUUUCAUCCUGAGAUACAGCUCAGCUACGGGAACACGACACUGCACUGAUUUUCUUGGGUCACUUGUUCCCGAAGUCAGGAAACAGCUUGGUGGAUAUCCUAUCAUGGUGGUGACGUUUGCCAACGGUAUCUCUAACCGCGACGAGAUCCUUGGAGACAUCAACAGGGCCGGUAUGGAGAAGCGCAGUGUGUUCUUCAUAGAGAACUACACAGAUGUAAACCACGAAAUGGAUUCUAAGACACACAUUGCUCUGCUGAAGAUACUUGAGGCAUGCAUCAAACGAGCUGAUGACAAUAUCACCUUCCGAUGGCGAACAGAAAAUGAAACACCUCUGGAAAGCAUUUGCGAGAUAAUGUAAAGAAGGGAUCAACAGAACUAGGGGGGGGGGGGGGAACGGGAAGAUAAAACAGAAAUAUCGGUAGAGUAAAUAAUUAGGAAAACAAAAGGAGGCAAAAGCUUGGAAAUAAGCAAGACUUGUGUUAGGAUAAUUGUUAUCUAUGUAACACCGGAAGACGUAGUAGCGGUGUGCAAUUUUGAAGUUGUUGCAUAGAACUAAACCCAUGGUACUUCAUAUAGUUUUACCUUUUAGAGACGUUUUAAUUUCAUCUCUUGAUCUGGAACGCUUUGCAUCUUAAAUUGUACGCAUGCACUGAGAAGGUGCAUAAAUCACUGGGAAAUUUUAUUCCAGUUUUGUUGGAGUACAUUCCGUCGUUCAUGAAUAAGAGCAUUUAAUUAAAAAUAAUCAUUUAGAUCUCUCAAUUGACAACAUAGAGUGAAAUUUAUAAUUAUCAUUUCGUAUAUACAUUUGCAAUGUCCUCUUGAUUCUUUAAUGCCAUGUUUAUUCAAACUUGUUAAUUUUUCUACAUUUUUCAAACUUUGAAAGAAUAGAAAGUAUAAAUGAUUGUUGCCAAAUUAAAAAGGGAACUAUAAUUCAUUUAGACGUGUAGAGAAUUUUGAAUUACUCUAGGAGGGGUAUAUAAUAAUAAUAUAACAUGUACUAUUAAUCGUUCUAAUCAGUGUUAUCUGUCAACACAGAAGAGUGUAUAAUACACAAAUGUAUGUUAAAAUGUUUGUUAUAGUCCAGUUUGCUUAAAUCCUUAUUAAGCGUUGAUGUGUAUAACAGACGAAGAAAAAGAAAACCCCUCGAUGUGGUCUUUCUAAAGCUGAUCAUUUUUAAUGUUUUCUGUUAGUUUCAUUUUAGAGUCACAAUUUUAAAAUCUACCGGUGUAACACAUUUACCCUAGUAGUAUACCUUAAAGGUGUGGAAUUGUUAAGUUUGUUACAUUGAACUAAACCCACAGCAGUUUAUUUUCACCUUUUAGAAACGUUUUGAUUUAAUCUUGUGAUCCAGAAUGCCCUGCAUUAAUUUUGUCAUGUUCAUUCAAACUCUUUCAUCAGUUAUUCAUGUUUUCAACUAUAAAAGAGUGGAAAAUAUAAAUAGUUCUUGCCAAAUCAAGAAGGACUACAAUAGGAGGUGAUUUUAAUAAUGAUAAUUAUAAAAGGUACUAUUUAUGUUUCUAAUUAGUGCUAUCUGUCGAUAUUUUAUAGUAUACUCAUUGCAUUUUCAGUAAAUUCAUCAGUUUUCAUACACAAAAUAGUGUAUAAUACACAAAUGCAUGUUACUUUGUUCCUGUGUAUAAAAGAGGUAGACUACAAAUAACCUCAGCGUGAUCUUUCUAAACCUGA